UUCUGGCAAUCAACAAGGAUCGGCCAUUUUGACGAAAGGGGAUUACUUCGUGCACACGUUUUCUUUUACAUUUUAUCCGUAGAAUAGAUCCAAGGACUGAGACACAGUUUAUGAGAAGAAGCUCGUAGGAUGUUAGAAGUUCGGUGGAGCUGGUUGGUGGCUGGGGCCCUUAUUAUUGCCUGUUUGAACCCCGGCUCAGCUGAUGACGCACAUGCCCCAGUAUUGGUGGACGAGAGAGGUCAGCAAGUGACCAGGUACCAUGGCUGGAUACCAGAGUCUGGCACUGUGGUGGACCUAGAGCCAAAACUAUUUGCCACAGAUGCAGAUGAUUCAAAAGAAGGUCUUAUUUGUGGUUAUGACAUUAUACACAAUAAGACACCGUUUUACAUUGAGCUGUUGAACAGAGAAACUGGAGAAGCCCGCAUAAAGCUGAAGCAAGGAGAAAAAUUGGAUUAUGAAGACAAAAAGAGAUACAGAUUUCAAAUCCGUGCCUAUGACUGUGGAAAACUGAAGAUCAUCUCAAAAACGGCUGAGGUGGUUGUACUGGUUGAGGAUGUUGAUGAGUUUGCCCCAGAAUGGGACGCCCUGCAGUACUCCGAAGAGGUCCAGGAAGGUAUCAUGUACGAAAAGGUUCUCCAGGUCAAGGCCACGGACAAGGACGCCUCGGAAGUAUACAAGAAUGUCUGCGGCUACCUUAUAGUGACCCCUGAUGUGCCCUUUGACAUUAACAGAGAUGGGGUGAUCUUCAACACGGCUAAGCUGAAUGCCUCCAUCGUGAGCAACUACAUGCUGAAGGUGAAGGCAGUGGACUGUGGAGAGAAAAUGUCAGAGUCCGUCCUCGUCAACAUCAAAGUGAAGCCCACCUGUAAAGUGGGAUGGACAGGCAUCAGCGACCGUAUCGAAUACAUGCCAAACAGCGGCAGAAAGAUGCUUUUCGAGAAGGCGGAAUUCUCCACAUGUGACAUUCCGUGCAAGGAGGAGAGGCUGUCGGUGAAGGUCAAGCUGCAAACUGACCACAUCGGCAAGGGGUGUGAUAGAGACACAUACUCUGUGAAAUCACAGAGGAAAUUGUGUGGUGCAAACACCAAUGCUGUGGACCUUCUGCCCCCUGCCUCCAUGGGCGAGUCUUGGACCAAGAACCUCCCGACAGACGACGGCAACGAAGGAGACCAGAUCAAUGCUUUCGAUGGUGCCACUAAUGCCGCCGAGGUACCCAGCGGCAAGUUCAACCACACGCUGAGUGAGCACUUCACCAUUAUGACGUGGAUGAAACAUCAGAGGAAUCCUCUGGAAAGUGGCAUCAAGGAGCACAUCUUGUGUAACAGUGAUGGGGAAAUCGAUUACACCUCACCAUCGGAAGACAUGAACCGCCACCAUUACGCCCUGUACUUACACAACUGCAAGCUGGUGCUUCUUCUCCGCAAGGAGGCAGGCAACGACCUGAACAAGUUCAGUCCAGCUGAGUGGCGCUGGAACCUUCCAGAAGUCUGCGAUGGAAACUGGCAUCACUACGCCAUUAGUAUCGAUUUCCCACAGGUCCGUCUGUAUGUGGAUGGUAACAUGUUUGUGGCUACCCAUGAGAACUCUGAGGUCAUUGAAGACUGGCCCCUACACCCAACACACAUCCAUUUUACUAGACUGGUCAUUGGAGCUUGUUACCAAGCGGGCAAACACAAGCUAGGCCAGUUUUUCAAGGGCUACCUGGCCCACUUGUCCAUCCUGAGGGGAGAGACCGAGAAAGACAAUGUGAUCAAGUGCAUGAACAACUGCCAAGAGAAGCUGGAGUUCCACGCCAUGGACCAGGUUAAUACUGGAAUGUCUAUCUCCUUCAACAGUGAGAUGUCUGAGAUCACAGUCACAGGUCACGACAGCGAGGAGGUAGAUACGGUUGUCAGGCAGAUUGGCUAUGUCAACGCCAGAGCUUUCCCCACAGUGGGCAGGCGUAACCUGGAGAUCACCUCCAGCGUCAGCUGUUCAAGCUACAAGAAGAUCAACAUCCCCUCUGUCCAGACUUACAUCAUGGUGGUGGAGACAGAAAGCCCCACAAUCACCAUCAGCGGCACUGGUCACCUCAUCAGACCCAUGACUGACCUGGCUGAGGGGGUGGCCAUUUUCCAGGGUCUCUCUAUCGUCAGUAAGGCAGAGGACGGAGAGGAUGAGAAUGAGGUUCACGAGCACCCUAAGCUGAUGGAACAAGACACCAAACCCACCGGUGCCAUGGUGAACCUGGAUAUGUGCACCAUCACAGCCAAUCCACCACUAGAUGUCAGCACUGAGAGUCUCACUCUGCCAGCCAAUCAAAUCCAACAUCUGCAGCUGGAGCACAAGAUGGAUGCCAACUCUGUGGUAAUUUCUGGCGCAGACCUGAUUUCCAACUACCAGGCAAUUCUUCAUGGUGUGAAGUACGCAAACUCUGGCAGCAGCAUGCGACCACGUGCUUUUGUUGUGCAGUGUUCUGAGAUGAACGGCAGAUUUGUCAGCAAUAAGUUCAAAGUACAGAUUGAAGGCAGCCACAAACAGCAGGCUGUGGUUCAUGAGAACCAGGCCCAUGCCAUGAGUGACAAGGUUUAUGCCCAUCACAACAGCAUUCAGGACUCCAAGGGUAGAGACAUGAACCUGGAGGAGAGAACCAACACAGUUGCCAGUGUCUCUGGGCAUGCCAAUGCAGGGAUCGUGGUCAUCAUCGUGAUCUGCGUUGGGUUCCUGAUGUUCAUGAUUGUGUUAGGUGUGAUCAGGAUCAGAGCACAGCACAACCAGCACAAUGUGGUGAAAGUGGAGGAGAACCCAGAGAUGGAGUGGGACAACUCUGCCCUCAGUAUCACCGUGAACCCCAUGGAGAGUGAGGGUUUAGACUUUGAAGAUGACCAUGUGAUGGUCCACGGUAACCAGGGAGAAGACAGCGAUAGCGAUGACGAUAUUAGCAGCUACCACGACGAGCUGGAGAGCUCUGAAGACGAGUCUGAAAAAGUAAAAGAUCGUGAACUUGAGUGGGACGACUCCACACUCACAUUUUGAACAAAGACCAUUAUAUUGUGAUUUUCGAAGAAGAACCAAAAAAAAAACAAACAUUUUGAUGAAAGAAAUUAGAUUGAAUGGUGAUUUAUUUAAGACACUAAGAACUCAAAUGAAAAAAAAAAGUCACCGGGAGGAGAAAGUAAAUGAAGCAUUUUUGACAUAUUUUUGAUUUGCUUGAUAUUUCUUCUAGAUUGCACAUUUCGAAUCAAAUUUGAAGCUUUUUUUGAGAAAUUCUGAUAUAGGAGACCAUCUUGUCAGAUAGGCUUAUAUCAAGCACUAAGAGACCAAUUCAAGUGUCUAUCAGUACUAUAUCAUUCGUGCACAUAAGUAAUAAUCUGUAUGUAUAUUUUUUUCUGUCAGGUGCUUAUAUAAGUGUUAUUACUAAAACUGAUUAUGAUUGAAUUUAAUUUCUCAAAGUACACAUAUUCAUGCUUGAUUGUUUUGUUAGUGUCCAAAAGGUGGGGUGUGCCAAUGGAUAGGAUAUUUCUAGGUCACUGGAGGUGUCAGCCUCGUUCUGAGUGUAAGGUCAAGGUCACAAUGAACUGCACCAUAGGUGGCACUAUUUUCAGCCUGCCUCUUUACUUGAGACAUGACAUAGUGAGCAUCAGAUAUUGUAAUGUUAAUGCGUAUGCAUAGCAGCUUUAUAGUAAUGGCUGUACAAAGUCGAUGUUACCCACUUGACAGGGGUGAAGCUGUCAAGAUGUUCUUAUCCAAUGGUUACGCAUCUAGUUGAAAAAGUUUCUGAUGAGAGGGGAAACAGGUAAUGUUUGGGUUUUUAAAGAAUAACACUGAAUAAGCAUACCUUGACAGCCACACAACCUAUUAGCAAGUGGGAUGUGUUGAUUUUGUAUAGCCCUCUUUUGGGUGAAAUUUCCCUGUGUUCAAAGAAGAGAUUAGAUGGCCAGCAUGAAGUUGGAGAGAAGAAAGAACGCCACUGAAGCAAGACAUUCCAGGGAGGAAAACAAAUAUUCUCCACAUUGUUUUCUGGGGGAUUUGGAAAGGUCCUGUGAAAUUGUCUUUGGAUUUUGAAGUCUUAUAACAGGAAAACUAUUGAUUUAUAUAUUGCGUUUAGGUUCUAAAUUUCCCAAAAUUUGGAAUGGGACCGUUAAAUGAUAAUUGCGUUGUUAAAAUCGCCUUUUUUAAAAUUCAUUUACAAGGGUUGCCCAAGAGGCCGAAACAAGUUGAACCAAUUUUAAUUUUAUUUAUUUUAUUUUAUUAUUAUUAUUUUUUUUUUUUAGCAAAUAGAAAACUUUCAGUACGAAAUUAUAUUUGAACAUAAAGCAAUUACAUCCUGUGCCUUGGAAUAGACCUCUGUGGCUGAGUACGUCAGUGAUGAUCAUGUGUGUACAAAUGUUGGCAUUUUGUAAAUAAAUCCAGAAUGUUAUGAACUGUGUAUCUAAUAGAAUUGGAUGUUUGAACAACAACAACAAAAGAAAAAAAUAUAGAUCAUGUGUAGAACAUUUAAGUGAUAAUUUUAAUCAUGUGAGUGUAAAUAGGCUGCUUUAGUAGAAACCAACCCUUUCUUUGAUAAUUGGCAAUAUUUAAACUAAUUAAAUUGUAUGAUUCAGUUAAAUGUAGUAAAUUGUCUGUGGCUUGUGAAGAGCAUCCCACCUAAUUUGGCUUCAGCAUAGCAAAUAUGACAGUGUCUAUGGCAACAUGUUGCCAUGGCAUUGUGUUGUCAGGGUGACUGGUGUCGACUACUUUCCUAGGCAAGUGUAUACAAGUAAAAAUGCUUUGGCUUUAAGUUCCACUUUAAUUGCCAUUUUAUAUCAUAUGAUAUACAUAUAUAAUUGAUAUUUUAACUUUCACAAAUAUGAUGGUAAGAUAUCACAAAAUGUUGCAUUUAGUAUCUUAUUGUUAUUAUGUACACUUUAUUUUUAAAAAACUGUGAUUUUUGAGGAGGUCGUCAUUCAUUGUUUUACCUCAGAUAGGAACAAAUAGAGCCUGUCUAUUUACAAUGCACAAUUUCUGGUUCUUUACCCCAAAAACAGAAUUGGAACAUAAUCAUAGGAAGAAAUUGAACAUUUUACAACGAAUGAUAGAUAACGAACUUGCCAGAAAUUGCCUCAGAUAAUUGUGGUUUGCAACAGAUAUGGUUAUUUAUUCUGAUGAACCUAUUUUUGAUUACUAGAGACGAGGAGUAAACUCUGAAUGAUUGCCAGGGAAUGAGGAAAAUUGAGACAGUGGAAUUUGGUGUAAGAUACCACGCAGAUGAAAUUGGGGAAGACGGCAGUGGAUGGCUUAAAAACUGAAAUGACAACAUUCUGCUUGAAAGUGAAGUUAUUGAGAAGCGUUUAAGACUACAUUGUGUGAGAGGGUAACAAACUACAUGUGUAAGAACAAACAAAAAAAAUCUGUCAGAACUUUUUUACCAUGAGAUUCAAAAAGUUUGUGUUCAAAUUUUUUCAAGACCACGAAUUCCUGUGAGUUUGGAUUGUAUGAUGUAAUUCGAUCCGGUUUUCCUCAUUCCAUGCCGAGUUUUAUUGUUCACCGUUGUAGUCGUGUAUGUAGAGAUCAGUUUCACUGUUUUGUCUUCCCAGACGAAUAAACAGAACUCACAGGGGA